AUGACUUUUGAGGAGGAGAUUUCUAAGUUUGCUCUUGAGUUUGAUAGCAAACUGAGUGCAACGAAUGUCAGUAUGACACUGUGCCGGAUGGUCCCAGAAUUAUUUCCUCACGUUCGGCAACUCGACAUAAACAUCCUCGGCGAAUUAAGACUAAGGCCGGAUACCCACAGCACAGUUAUCGCCUUAGGCGGGAUAGAAACUGUCUUUCUGGGCCCUAUUGAAGACAUGGUACCAGCUCUAGGACCUGGACGGGAAGUGUGUAUCGCUAUCCAGCAGAUGGUUUUUCACACCUUGUUUAUGAAGAAGCUGGAGUUAUACGGCCAGGACCUCAAGCAGGAUAUUUAUAACCCGUAUAACAUUCGCUUUUGGAAGGAGCUUGAUCCUGAUAAUGGGUUGUGGGGUACUGGAUUUGUGAUGGAGCUCCGGAUCAAUGUCUAG